AUGGUCAUCUGCCCUGCUCUUCUGGUGGCACCAACAAAAACUCCUUCUGCGUUCUCGGGCAUCUGGAGCGGCGGCAGUUCCGAGCGCGGACUCCCCCGCAUCACCAAAAAGAACGCGCCUCCGGCCUUCGAGUAAAAGAAGAUGACCAUUAACAAGGCCCAAUGUUUGUUCACCAUCAACAAGGAAAACCACACGCUGGGCAACAUCAUCAAGCCGCAGCUGCUGAAGGGCCCGCAGGUGCUGUUCGUGGGCUACAAGGUCCCCCACCCCCUGGAGCACAACAUCAUCAUCUGCGUGCAGACCACCCCGGACUAUAGCCCCCAGGAGGCCUUCACCAACGCCAUCACCGACCUCAUCAGCGAGCUCUCGCUGCUGGAGGAGCUCUUCCGGGUGGCCAUCAAGGACAAGCAGGAAGGCACCGAGCAGCGGGCCACGGGGUCUCCCAGGCAAGUCACCCACCCCAGGGCCAGCGCCCGGUACAAGACUGAGCUGGCACAGGGGCCCCUGUCUGCCCAGGGCAGCUGGAAGUCCCCCCUUCAGGCUCACUGUGAGAAAUUUUAAAGUUUAAUAAAACCCGUCCCUGUCUGAAAAAAAGAAAAGAAAAGAAAAGAGAAGAAACUCCUUCUGAAAGAGAGUGGAUUCCAAGGACCCAGACAUAGUUCAUGGUGAUCAGGAUGGAUAGCUGGUGGCGACGAUGGUGUGAAGCAGAGAUCCAGGAGGACUGAUUGGUAGCCAUGCUGAACUUCUUUGUCUGCAUUGGGAGGCAUGACAGUAAUAAUUGCUUCAUAAUCUAGAGUUUUAGGAGAGAGAACCUAAUAGGCUGUGCAGAAGCAAAAA